GGUUUGGGUCGGAAUUUGGGUUUAAGUCUGGAUGCGGACAACCUUCAAAUCAAAGGGCCCUGUAGUUUUGGGAAGCGGUGAUGACAAGUGUAUAGUGGGAGUGAGGGGGCGCAGUUGUAGCCAUUUACAUCUUCCACGUCCACCCAUCACCACCUUGUCUCUCCCCAUCAUUUCCUCCUUGUUGCUCACACCGAGUCCCUCCGACCCAUCGCCGCCGUCGCCAUUUAAAUUUUUCUACGAUGGCGCAGCAGAGAUGUGUAUGUAUGAAUAGCACUCAAAUGGGUGGCGGCCCACCGAGGAAGUUUUCGUUAUCUAAGUAGUUGUGGUACAAGAGAAUUACGAUGAGUGGGCGAAACUCAAGUCACGAUGAGGCUAAUUAUUGUAAUCAAGUUGUUUCAAAAAAUGCAAAAUCUAGUGGUGGUGAGAUACCCCAAGAUUUGAUCAAGUUUGUGUCAAAUGUGGAGCUCCAUCCCAUAUUAAGGGAUCCUGAUGAGCAGCUGGGAGAAUCCAAAAACAAGUUGGAUGCCUCAUCCACAAAGCGUCUUCGAAUGGAAUGCGAUGGUGAUCGUGAUCGUGAUCGUGAUGGAAAAUAUGAUGAUGAAGGGAGAGAAUGGAAGAUGAGGAAGCAUUGUAAAACUAGCCGUUCCGCUCAAGUACAUGUAUCUUGUGAGAGGAGGCGCAGGGAUCGGAUGAGGGAAAAAUUGACUAGUCUUAAGGAGCUGUUGCCCACCACUGCCUCCAAGUCGGAUCAAGCAUCUCUUCUGGAUCAGGCUAUUAGGCACAUCAAAUCUCUACAAUCUCAAUUUCAAGUAUUGUCCAUGGGAUUCCAUCCAUCCCAUAUUGCACAUAUGCCAGCUGCAGGUCAGUUUCACAGCAGUAUUCAAAGGCCAUCUUCGUCUGCUCCCGGGAGGCUGGAGAAAGCCGGGAUUGGAAUGGGAUUCCAGGUUCCAUAUAGUCCCAUUCCUUUCUUGACGCCUGCACCCACUACUAUUUCACCUUGCGUCAUUCCAUCAUCGAUUCUUCAUCCUAGCUCCACGCAUCCCCUGCACCAAGAAUCUACCAGCAACUCAAUCCUUCCACCAACUUCUUUCAAUCCCCAUCACCUCUCAAAUGUGACUCUUCAGCAAGAGGUUUGGCCUCUGAGUUCGCACGAGAUGCCUCUGAGGCGAGCAUCAGGAUCCAUUCUCAACACGGGCAUUGGUCAUGGAGUAGGAGAAAACGAUAUACCUUUCUCUGGCAGAGGUUCCAAUAUGUUCCCAUCCACACCGUCUGAUCUCAGUGCAUUGCAUUUAUCAGCAACAGGUUUAGCUCCAACAUUUGGACCAGGAGUUCAAUCAGUUGCUCCUGCCCUGUGCCCAGCUUCUGAUUCAGUAGCGCCGUCCACAUAUUCAAGAUUUUCCAACUUUAGUCACUCCCUUCAAGGGGAAUCAGGCUUUCCCAUUGUACCAAGAAUUGGGCCAGAGACAAAUCAGACACCUCUUCCGCAAGAUCCAUUUGCAACGAUCCAGUCUCUACAGGCAUUGCCAUCCUCCUUGAUUAGCAGCAUGUUAGAGAUGGUAAACCAGACUUAUAGAAACACUGACUGACACGGGUCCGUCUCCUCCCAUUAAACGUUUGGCGUGAAUUUGUAAUGAAGGAAGCAAAGCUCAUUUUGCUUGGUUUUGGGAGCUGAAAUUAGGUAGAAUUCAAAUAUGUUCCUGCAACCUUUGCUGAGGAUGGGAACUCCGAAAAGGUUAUUGACUGUUGUUAAAGUGUUUAGGAAUCAAAAUCAGUUCUUUUGCUGUGUUUGCUAGACUUUGGUUACUCUCCUGAGUAAAGGAA